GGAACGGUCUAAUGCGCUGCUUUUAGCGCUAGCCGAAAUCCGCUAAAUAUAAGCCAGCUUAUGUUGACCAUUGUAUGUCAAGUCAGCCCGCGGCUAUAAAAGUCACAAUCAUCUGUCAAGAUUUUCCCAAACCAUCUUGAGACCGUGCACUUUCCUGAAAGCCAACAAUAAUGAGAGCCUUCGUGAUAUCAACUUUUUUCUUCAUGGCUAUCGUUGCUGCAGCUUAUGGUGCGGCAAUGUUUGAAAUGGGUAAGUAAAUCACAUACAAACAAAGAAAGAGCACACCAGACUAAGUCAACAAUAAACUUCAGACUAAGACAACAAGAAAAUUCAGACUAAGACUCAAAGAGACACUGCACUAAGACACCAAGAAACAUCCGACUAAGGCACCAAGAAACAUCCGACUAAGACACAAGGAAACUCCAGACUAAGACACCAAGAAACUCCAGACUAAGACACCAAGAAACUCCAGACUAAGACACCAAGAAACUCCAGACUAAGACACCAAGAAACUCCAGACUAAGACACCAAGAAACUCCAGACUAAGACACCAAGAAACUCCAGACUCACCAAGAAACACCAGACUAAGACACCAAGAAACAACAGACUAAGACACCAAGAAACACCAGACUAAGACACCAAGAAACACCAGACUAAGACUACAAGAAACUCCAGACUAAGAAUUACAAAAAAAAAAAAAAAUCAGACUAAGCCAAAAAGAAACAUCAUAUGAAGACACCAAGUAACAUAAGACUAAGAGACCAAGAAACACCCGACAAAGACACCUAGAAACAUUUCACUAAGAUGCCAAGAAACUCCAGACUAAGACACCAAGAAACACCAGACAAAGACAAGAAACACCAGAAAAAGACCCAAAAAAACCCACUAGACUAAGACACCAAGAAACUCCAUACUACGACACCAAGAAACACCAGACUGAAACAACAAGAAACACUAGACCAAGACAACAAGAAACACUAGACCAAGACAACAAGAAACACUAGACCAAGACAACAAGAAACACUAGACCAAGACAACAAGAAACACUAGACCAAGACAACAAGAAGCCCCAGGCUGAGAAAAACAAGUCUAACACAAUUAGAGACAUCAGAAUAAGACAACAAGAAGCACCAGACUGACAAAAAAAUCCAGACUGAGAAGUACUAGAAUAAGACAACAGGAGACAUCAGACUAAGACAACAAGAAACACCCGACUAAGACAACACGAUAACUCAUACUAAUACACAAAGAAACACUAGACCAAGACAAUAAAAAACAACAUCAGACUAAGACAAUAAGAAACAUCACACUAAGAAUUGCGAGACGAACACUUCUAGAGACACCAGACUAAGACACCAAGAAACACUAGACUAAGACAACAAGAAACAUCAGACUAAGACAUCAGACUAAGACGCCAAGAAACAUCAGACUGAGACAUCAAGAAACUAGUUUUUCGGUGGACCAGAUUUCAUGUUUAUUUUCAUAUAUAAAAUUUUGCUUAAGUUGAUACUUAAUAAUACAAAAAAUCACAGGCUCGAAACUUUUACUUCCAUGUCAUAAACCUGACCACCUACUCUCUACACCAACAAGUCGGAAAUCACAUUUACAAAAUAAAAUACUGUAGAAGUUUAACUGAAAUAUUUCAAGGGCAGAUAACUUUCAGUCUAUUCAGUCUUUCUAGUCUUUCAACUAUUUCAAUGUAAAAUUAUUAAGUAAAGUAAAUGAUCUAGAUAAGAGAUAAUCUAGUAAGGCGAUGAUCUAGUCAGAAGAUGCUCUAGUCAGGAGAUGAUCUAGUCAGGAGAUGAUCUAGUCAGAAGAUGCUCUAGUCAGGAGAUGAUCUAGUCAGAAGAUGCUCUAGUCAGGAGAUGAUCUAGUCAGGAGAUGAUCUAGUCAGGAGAUGAUCUAGUCAGGAGAUGAUCUAGUCAGGAGAUGAUGUAGUCAGGAGAUGAUCUAGUUAGGAGAUGACAUAGUCAGGAGAUGAUCUUCUCAGGAGAUGAUAUGUCAGGAGAUGAUCUAGUCAGGAGAUGAUCUAGUCAGGAGAUGAAACAUGUUCAGUAUUUAUUCUCUCUCAUUACACCCAUCUUACAGUAUACCCCAUCUUACACUUUACCUCAUCUCAGCAUAUCAUCUCAGUUCAUCUCAGAUUAAAGAUUGCCUCGUACUUGAGUAUGCUUCACAUCUAGAACACACUCUAGCUCACGCUAUAAGUUAUAUCGUAGUGUACCAUAUGUCACAAUGCUGCUCAUCUCACAGUAUACUUUAUCUGGUGUCAUUCCUCUUGUUGUCCUCUCGGAUACAAAACUUCAGCUAAGUGGUAUUAUUAUUUAAUUCCUUUUUUACCGUUAUUUAUUCGCCGGUGAAGGCUUCGUGUCGAAACGUUCGUUUUUUUUUUUGUUUUUUGUUUUGUUUUUUUUGGUUUUUUUUAAAAUUCAGUUUGCUUUCUUUCAAUUUAGGUUAUCCCACAUUUUGCUUCGCUCAAUACUAUACACAGUUCGCACAGUAUAAGAUAACUUAAUAUAAAAUCUAAGCUGAUAGUUAACUUAAUUGUCCUGCUGCCUAGCAGUUAUAUAUUAAGGGCCUUUUCUAGAUGUUUAACUGUGUUAAACCCCACCCCUAUACGAGAUUUGAAGUAUCCCACCCAUCCCGUUUACUACCAUCAGCCCCCUCCCCCCUAGGUCAUCCAGGCUCGAAGAAUUCAUUCAUUGGAUAUAAAAUAACUUCAGCUAUGUCUCAGAAGGGAUGAGAACUAUGAAUGCCCUUUGACUUGAAUGUGUUGUUCAGUGAGCCACAAUUCUAAAGAUUCAAGUGUAGUUCCAUAGGUUAAAUCGGAUCAACUAUUUCCACGUCAGCAGCAAAUGGGACCUGGAAAGAGCUGUAUGUCCUGUUCAUGGAGAUUGGUUCAUUUGCUGUAUGUCCUGUUCAUGGAGAUUGGUUCAUUUGCUGUAUGUCCUGUUCAUGGAGAUUGGUUCAUUUGCUGUAUGUCCUGUUCAUGGAGAUUGGUUCAUUUGCUGUAUGUCCUGUUCAUGGAGAUUGGUUCAUUUGCUGUAUGUCCUGUUCAUGGAGAUUGGUUCAUUUGCUGUAUGUCCUGUUCAUGGAGAUUGGUUCAUUUGCUGUAUGUCCUGUUCAUGGAGAUUGGUUCAUUUGCUGUAUGUCCUGUUCAUGGAGAUUGGUUCAUUUGCUGUAUGUCCUGUUCAUGGAGAUUGGUUCAUUUGCUGUAUGUCCUGUUCAUGGAGAUUGGUUCAUUUGCUGUAUGUCCUGUUCAUGGAGAUUGGUUCAUUUGCUGUAUGUCCUGUUCAUGGAGAUUGGUUCAUUUGCUGUAUGUCCUGUUCAUGGAGAUUGGUUCAUUUGCUGUAUGUCCUGUUCAUGGAGAUUGGUUCAUUUGCUGUAUGUCCUGUUCAUGGAGAUUGGUUCAUUUGCUGUAUGUCCUGUUCAUGGAGAUUGGUUCAUUUGCUGUAUGUCCUGUUCAUGGAGAUUGGUUCAUUUGCUGUAUGUCCUGUUCAUGGAGAUUGGUUCAUUUGCUGUAUGUCCUGUUCAUGGAGAUUGGUUCAUUUGCUGUAUGUCCUGUUCAUGGAGAUUGGUUCAUUUGCUGUAUGUCCUGUUCAUGGAGAUUGGUUCAUUUGCUGUAUGUCCUGUUCAUGGAGAUUGGUUCAUUUGCUGUAUGUCCUGUUCAUGGAGAUUGGUUCAUUUGCUGUAUGUCCUGUUCAUGGAGAUUGGUUCAUUUGCUGUAUGUCCUGUUCAUGGAGAUUGGUUCAUUUGCUGUAUGUCCUGUUCAUGGAGAUUGGUUCAUUUGCUGUAUGUCCUGUUCAUGGAGAUUGGUUCAUUUUUUUAUAUUUUAUUUCGGAGUGGGGGGAUUGUGCAACUCCUGUUUUAUUUUUUUUUCAAACUCCAAGUUUUGAAUUGUGAGGAGAGGGUCCAAUUUUUCCUCCUUUUCCCCUUAUUUGAAAUGCUUUCACAUUUAAAUACAUAUGAGAGAUGAGAUUCUCAUGACCUUGAAGUUGUACAUUACACGCAACGGAGACUCAAAUGACAAACGUCCACUGGCUUGAGUAAACGCAGACGGAAAAAUCCAAUGUAUGAGUCGUAAUAUCAGCUUUAUGAUACCAGCUCCACGAUACCAACUAAAAAAUACCAGCUCCACGAUACCAGCUCCACGAUACCAACUAUAAAAUACCAGCUCCACGAUACCAACUAAAAAAUGCCAGCUCCACGAUACCAACUAAAAAAUACCAGCUCCACGAUACCAGCUCCACGAUACCAACUAAAAAAUACCAGCUCCACAAUACCAGCUCCAUAACUAAAAAAUGCCAGCUCCACGAUACCAACUAAAAAAUACCAGCUCCACGAUACCAGCUCCACGAUACCAACUAAAAAAUACCAGCUCCACAAUACCAGCUCCACGAUACCAACUAAAAAAUGCCAGCUCCACGAUACCAACUAAAAAAUACCAGCUCCACAAUACCAGCUCCACGAUACCAACUAAAAAAUGCCAGCUCCACGAUACCAACUAAAAAAUACCAGCUCCACGAUACCAACUAAAACAUACCAGCUCCACGAUACCAACUAAAAAAUACCAGCUCCACGAUACCAACUAAAAAAUACCAGCUCUACGAUUACAUGUCUACGAUGCCGAACUUCAUGAUAACGUAAACUCUUCAUCCACAACACCAUGUCCGUUAUUCACCUCCACAAUUCCAUCGCCACAAAAUUACCGACACGAUACCAUCUCCGCAAUACCAGUUCCACGACAAAGCUCCACAUUCCAAGCUCAGCGAUACCAGAUCCACGAUGUCACCCCUUAGACCGAAAAUGUUCGUAGAUGAACCUAUGCUAGUGCAUACAUUCCUUUUGAUAUUGUUUCUAUGCUAUUACUCUGUUUAUGUGAAGCAUUUUUAUUCGUCUUUCGCUUCGACAUUUAAACUUCAUUUUUGAAAAGAAAAAUUAACACGUGAACCAAACCAUGGUCUUGAAAAAAAAAAAAUAAUAAUAAUUAAAGUCAUAGUUGUCUUUUGACAAAUUAAACACGUAUAAAGAGAAGUCACUGUAAUCAGCUAUUUCAUCUCCUUGUUUCAUUGUAAUUAUAAUAAUUAAAGGACUGCUUUCAAUGUAUUAAACGUCCUAAUCUUUUUGUCCUGUUCUCUAAUUCAAGCUUGCACAUACCUCGUUUUGCUAUUUCAUUCAUUCUAAUUAGCAAUUUCAUUAAAUCUUAAUAUCAUUGUAUGUAAAUUGAAUUAUUCACGGUCUAGACAUAUGAAUGAAUUGUGAAACAGUUGACGGUCUAAAUGAAGAUGUAUCCUAUUGUCUCAGUCUUGGGACGCUAUGAGGCCUCUAAAUACUUGAUCAAAAUACAAAUUUGCUUACGGCCUGAGUCUCCAAACCAACAUGAAAUGGCUUGGAUUUGAUCUCUGGUCUACCGCUUCCUUCUUUUAUGUCUAGCAGUUCCCGAAAACUAAGCUCUUAAGUUUUGAUUUGUUUUGAUGAGUUGUUAUAAUGUUGGACAACGUCAGCAAAUGUUUUUUAUGUUCACAACAUUCAAAAUUUCAAAAUGUUUAAAUCAUAAAUUAAAUGAGCGUCCCCACCCCUCCAUUCCCCACUCCUCAUUCCUGUCUGUUCCAGGUGAGUGUCCAGACGGUCAUGUUAACGGAGAUUCGUGGGAACUUCCUGGAUGUCAAGGUUGUGAUUGUGGUGACGGAUGGUAUGGUUGUUACGGGUUAGUUAUUAUUAUUUUUUUUUUUUUUUUUUUUUUUAUUAUUAUUAUUUUUUUUUUUUUUUUUUUUUUUUACUGUGUUUGGCGUUAUGGAAAGUGUCACCAGGGGCGAAGCCGCCUAACAAAAAGGUACGCCGCUGGAGAUACCUACUGCCAAAGGUCCUGGUAAUAACACUAAUCACGGAAUGUCUAGCAAUGUGAGACUUCAAUCUAUCACUUCCCCAGGUCUCCACUCUUUAACUCCUAACUAUGACUUGAUCUAUAAGUUGAUCUAUGAAUUUAUCUAUAACUUUAUCAAAUAUAUAAAUAUAUAUAUGUUUAUCUAUAUGGUUUUAUAAUUUUAUGUAUGGCUUGAUCCAAACUUUAUCUAUAACUUAUCUAAACUUUUUAUAUGACCUUUUCUUUGCCUUUAUCUAUAACUUCUAGGACGUUAUCUAUAGCUUUAUCUAGGACGUUAUAUAUAACCUUAUCCAGAACAUUAUAACUUUAUAUAUAACUUUACCUAAAGCUCUAAGAUAAAAAUACACAGCAUUAACAGCAAUUCAACUGGAAAAUUGCUCUUGACUUUUGCUCCAGACAGCGAUAAACGUCCGCUAAAAUGCAAUAUUUAUCCUCACAGAUGUGGUUUAAUGGCUUUCUAUUACGACACGUAUUCAUGCUACGUCCAGGACAACUUAGACAAAGGCUACCCCCAAUGCUGUAAACAAGAAUUAAUUUGUAAAGGUGAUGAGGGUUUUGAUGAGUCCAAACUGCGACCAGAUCCAGAGCAGAUCAGAGAUCUGCCAGUAGAAGUCGAGGAACUCAAUACCAUUGAUGACCCCAUACUCGUCGUGGACCCCGAUGAGUCUGUAGAGUGACUCGCAAUCCCCGAGGAAGUCACUGCCAUUCCCCAUGUUACUGCAUACGAUCAUGGUUUAGAUGGAAAUUAACCUAUAUUGGAUUCUAAUAAAAAGAUUCCCGUUCCAUGAAAAUGAAAUCAAUAUUUAUUUAGAUCUUAACAUUAAAAAAAAAAUUGGAUUCCUGGUUUCUUAUUUGUUCAUUAAAAGAAAUGUGUACACAUAUUUAGAAAUUGUUUCUACAGAUAUUUUAAAAACAUAUUUUUCUUGCAUGCUGCCUCGUUUGUGCACUUAGCAUUAUUUUUGUUUUUGGUCAAAGUCAUAAUGGGGCUUUUUGUUGUUUUAAAUGUCAUAAUGUUAUAAUUAUUGGACACCAGUUUAAUUUUAAAAAAAUUAACAUAACAUUACUGAUAUAUCAAUCCGCAUUACUGAUAAACCAUUCACUGAACGGAAUAAGUCAAUUCUAUACGUUAUAGACAUUGCUAUACAGUAUAGACAUUGCUAGACAUUAGAGUCGUUUCUAUACAUUAUAGAAGUUGCUAUACAUUAUCGACAUUGCUAUAAAUUAUAGACAUUGCCAUACAUUAGAGACAUUGCUAAAAAUUAUAGACAUGCUAUACAUUAUAUACAGUGUUAUACAUUAUAGACAUUGCUAUAUAUUAAAGACAUUGCUAUACAUUAUAGACAAUGCCAUACAUUAUAGACAAUACUAUCAAUUGUCCAAGGAAAAUGGGAUUCCUUUACAUCACGUCACCUAAAAGUAACACAUUUCUUCCUGUUCUUGUGGUCAACCUGAGAUUUUCGAGAUCGUAUAUUUUGUGCUUGGUUUCUACCAUUUCCGUUUCUGACAAAUUUUACAUUCCUUCUUUUUAUAUUAUCAAUGC